CGCCUUUGGGAGGAGGGGAACUCUGAGAGCAACGAUGGCGUCUCUGUGGUCUUUGAUGGAGGUUCUCAUCUAUCUCUUUCUCGUUGCAGCUUGUGGAUUACUCUCCGCUAUUAUUUUCGAAGCUAACAGAAGAAGGCUUAACCACUCCCACGUUGAAGCUCCUGCGGUCUUUGAGGAUCCCAAUACGUUGACGCAGGUUUCUUGUCCUUCCAUCUUUGAUCCGGCUGAGAAGUAUAUAUCUUUGGUUAUUCCAGCAUAUAAUGAAGAGCAGAGGCUUCCCGGUGCUCUGCAAGAAACCAUUGAUUAUCUUCAAGAACGUGCAGCAAAGGAUAAAUCAUUCUCAUACGAGGUGGUCAUUGUUGAUGAUGGAAGCAUAGAUGGGACAAAAAGAGUUGGUCGGGAAUUUUCCAAGAAGUUCUCAGUUGACAAUGUGAGGGUUAUCCUUCUUGGAAGAAAUCAUGGAAAGGGAGAAGCGAUUAGAAAAGGGAUGUUGCAUUCACGUGGUGAAUUACUUUUAAUGUUGGACGCUGAUGGAGCAACCAAAGUUAAUGACCUAGAAAAACUUGAAAAUCAGAUUCAUGCCUUUGCCAAAAAGGAAUCUAGUGGUUCUAGUUUUAGAGUUUCUGAUAUCCCGGUUGCUGCUUUUGGUUCUCGUGCUCAUUUGGAGGAAAAGGCUCUAGCUACAAGAAAGAUGUACCGUAACUUCUUGAUGAAAGGUUUCCAUCUUGUGGUUCUUUUAACUGCCGGUCCUGGAAUACGUGAUACCCAGUGUGGUUUCAAGAUGUUUACAAGAUCUGCAGCAAGAAAGCUUUUCACAAAUAUUCGUUUGAAAAGAUGGUGCUUCGAUGUCGAGAUUGUUUAUCUCUGCAAACGAUUUCACAUUCCGAUGGUUGAAAUAUCUGUGAACUGGUCCGAAAUCCCUGGAUCGAAGGUAAAUCCAUUGAGCAUACCCAACAUGCUUUGGGAGCUGGCUCUCAUGUCUAUGGGAUAUAGGACAGGUAUGUGGAGAGUUCAUACAUAACCUUUUCGAUUGUCCGAUAAGGCAAUAACCACAGUAAUCUCGGUGAUCAAUGAUUUCAUUUAGGACCAAAUACGAGCACACGAAAUGUUAGUUGAGCAAUAUUUCAUACUGUGUCAGCUUUUGCUUAGGCAAGCCACAGCCUGACCAUUUCAUUUAUGUAGAAUUAUUGGGAUGUGAAAAACUUUUACUCAUACUUUCAUACCGGCUUAUGAAUCUGAUGUCGAAGUUCUAAAGAAAUAUUGAUUUAAUUUCCC